CCGGUCUUAAAUUAAGAUCCUGCCGGCCUCUGGGGAGCGCUGCCCCCGCCGGGCGGGCCGCCCCGAGGGGGCGCUGCCGCCCCCCUGCGCCCGCCGCCCUUUUUGUGCUGCAGGCGCCCAGGUCCCCAGAGCUGCCCAAGACGGCGCUCGCAAGGGAAGGCGGCUGGCGGGAGGCCCCGGCGACUCCCUCCGCCGGGAGGGGAACAACGCGACGCCGACACCAUGAGGGCGAAGAGACGCGAGGAGCAAGAGGUGCCUCCCUGCUGGUGUGGUCCCGGCCCUCGCGCUCGAGACAUCCCCGGCCUCCAGCUCGGGGAAGCACCGUGGACCUCCUCGCUGGAGGUGGCCCCCCGGGUGGUGCUGGUGUCGCUUCGUCUCCCUCCGAUCCGGGUCUGCCCAGCUGGUCCAAGCGACCAGAGCUCGUGCACUGCAAAGAGCGCUUUCGACAAAGAGGCCGCUCGAUCGGCUUCAUGCGCAGCUGCUCUGGGCGACGAGCCUCUGCCCAGUCGCCCAGAGCCCUCACGUGUCCAGGCCGCCCAUCACUCCGACUUGCCCGGCUACAGUAUGCCUCAGUCUGGCCCGGUCGUCCUGCCUCAGUCUGGGCCCGUUCGCUUUCCUGAAUGGGGCAACUUUGAAGUAUCCCACCAGCCCUCUGGGCGCAGGUGGUCUAGAGCCGCGCGUACUUCUACAUUGCAUGAAAUCUUCAGUGGUGCAGUGAGGGCGCCGGCCGAGUCGAGACAAGGGAUGGAGAAGGUUGAGGAGGAGGAGGAGCACGAACGUGCUGAGGCCCAAGCGACCCUGGCACGAUAAAGUUAAUGGCCGCUGCCACGUGUGAAACCUUGCGCGAUGCCAGCUCGGAGUCUGCAGGGUCCCGUUCUCGAGGGGGAGGGGGCAGGAAGAAUGGACGGGGGAGGAGCAGGGGAGGGGGCGCAGAGAGGGAAGACGGGGGAGGACUGGGCAGCGGCCCAGCCCACAGUCCUCCAUAGACAGAAGGGCUCUCCAAAUGGCGAGCCCCCGCAACGGCCACUCCUGCUUGACCGAUGUCAAGGCCAGCGAGUGGGACGAAAAGUAAAAGAAGAGGUCUACUCGGCUGGUCCAGUUCCGCCGACCCUCGCCUGCACUGGGAUGACCACUGGGAGUGCCAAAAGAUAACCCCAGGACGACGAGCCCCGAGUGAGGUGUCGCAGCGGCCACGGUCCCAGAACAACACCGAGCCACUGGGCGUCAAGCGGUGGGCCCCGAAACCUCCUCUCCAAGGCACGUCUGUUCUAGGGUGCGUUUGUCGACUCGGCUGGUCCAGAGAGCAGGCCGUGAUCGGGGACGGCGAGCCUCUUCUGGCGGCGCGCGCGGAGUGGCGGCGAGGAGGGGGGCGGCCCCACGAGAAGGC